CAACAUAUCGGGCUCCGUAGUAUUUUGACCCACAGUUGGAACAUUUUUUACUUAAUGUGGGGAGGUGAUUUGAUUUAUGACGUUGCCCAGCUUGUUUUAGUUAAAUGCUCAUAUUUUCCACUGGGGCUGGAACCAGAUGAAGUUCCUGCUGAUGAUUCAGUGCUGCAUGCACACAACCGACUGAGCGAAGGAAAGACCUCACUACUUCAACACAACAUGAGCUACCUACAGAAAACUCAUUUGUUUUAAGGACUUCUGUUGCUGUCUGCAUUUGUUUGUACAUAUUUGUAAAACUUUAUGACUGUUCAGGGAGACCAUUUGUACCUCAUUGCAAUGGAAUUGUUUUAGGUUUACUUUACAGAGACUCUCUGAAAGACUUUGUUUAAUCUGCAGUAAUUCACAUUGAGAAAAUCAGGACACGAUGGCUGCACUCAUCUCAGAAAACUUCAAAUUUGUCUCGCUCUUCUUCAAGAGUAAAGAUGUCAUGAUCUUCAAUGGCCUGAUAGGUUUAGGGACAGUAGCCAGUCAGACAGCAUACAAUAUUUUUGCAUUUAACUGUCCAUGUUCACCAAAGAAGAAUUACCUGUAUGGCCUGGCAGCAAUUGGUGUACCAGCCCUGGCUUUCUUUGUUAUUGGGGUGAUGCUCAAUCGAAAUACCUGGGACGUUGUGUCAGAGUGCCGCACCAGAAAAUGUCAGAAAUUAUCACUGUCUGCUGCUUUUGCUCUGUUGGGCUCCAUUUUGGGGAGAGCAGUUGUUGCCCCCAUCACUUGGUCAGUUAUUUCCCUCCUGAGAGGAGAGGCGUAUGUUUGUGCUUUAAGUGAGUUUGUAGACCCCUCUUCUUUGGAUCAUUUCCCUCCUACUACAAAGACUCCAGAGAUCAUGGCCAGGUUUCCGUGUAAGGAUAUACCUGCUCCAUUUAUGAACUACUCAAGAGUGAUUGAACGCCAGCUAAAGUAUGAAUCCCAGUUGUUGGGCUGGUUGCUGUUGGGAAUCAUCUCUCUCGCUGUCUUUCUGCUCCUCUGUAUGAAACACUGCUGCUCUACCCUUGGCUAUCAGCAGGAGGCGUACUGGACCCAGUAUCGUUCCAACGAGCAAGAUCUUUUCCAGCGUACGGCUGAAGUACAUUCUAAAUACCAUGCGGCUGAAUGUGUCAAGAACUUCUUUGGCUUUGUGGCCUUGGAAAAUCAGGAGAAGCAGCUUCUAGAAGACUGCAAGGGAAUCAAGAGCGUCAUUCCCAGAAUGGAGUGGAACCGCGUCACUGGGGUUUACAUGUACAGAGAGAUUGAUGACACGCCCAUCUACAGCCGCUUAAACAAAUGGGACAUGUAUACAAAAGAGAACAACUGUUAGGUGAAUGAAAAACAUUUUGUGCGUUCUAUUUUAAAUAUGAAUUUUAUACAUUCAGAAUUUUUCAUUUAUUGUUUUUGUUGUUGUUGUUCCUUCAUGGUAAACAUGCUUGAGUAUUAUGUUGAUAUUUGUCACUGAAGGCUGUAAUUCAGUGUUCAGUUUCUUCAUUUUUUAAGGAUAAUAUGAUCUGUUUCAGCUUAGUAGAGAGGAGAUUGGCAGCUUAAAUGGUCAUAUAUUGAUAACACACAAUGAACUAUUUAGCAUCUGUUUUAAGAGACAUGAUUUACUCUCAGGUUAAGAUGACCUCUUGUUACACUUUGCUAAGCAAUAAAGUGCAU